AUGCGUAUCCAGCUAACGCCUGGAAUGUUAUAAAUGUUUCCAGGUUCCUCUAUGAUGUACGUGGUGCACGCAACUUCAAUUCCGACGUUUUACUUGGCCGCAUGGAUCAGUCACCGACUGCCACUUCAAGAAUGCAAAUACACAGCAUCAAGGGCAGGAUGUCAUCUUCGAAUCUCCCUUUUGAUUCUGGUGUACGGACCGGGCUCAUUAUAAUCGUUGCGUUCGCAUGUCUGUCAGCAACGGCGGUCUCCUCACUUUUGGCAUUUAUUGGGUAUUCUGUUGUGACUGCUAAGACAGGUGCAACUCGAAAAUGGCAUGUCUCGACACACAUUCAUUACUAUUUUGUGAACCUCUUGGUCUGCGAUUUUAUCCAAGCCAUAGGCUCUAUAAUGAACGCCAAAUGGGUUUCUGACUCUCGGGUCACAGACGGUCCUCUUUGUACUGCCCAAGGGAUCAUAAAACAGAUAGGGGAUGUUGGAGUGGCCCUUUCGACUUUAUCUAUCGCUAUUCACACUUCUUUGGUUCUUGUUUUCAGGUUCUAUUUGCGCCCAGAACUUGCUCUUUUUGUCAUAGCUGGGAUCUGGAUAUUUAUUGCUUUAAUUAUUGGGAUAAGCCUAGGGGUUCAUCGUGGUGAAAAUUAUUAUGGAAGUACUCAGUAUUGGUGUUGGAUUACGGAUGCCUUUGAUACGGAGAGGAUUACGCUGGAAUAUUUGUGGGUAUGGACUACGGCCGUCCUGAACAUUGUGUGCUACAUUUUGAUUGCUUUGAUGAUCAGAGGCCUCAUUGUUGUCAAUGGACACAAGAUUACCUUCAGACACAGGUCGGCGAUCGUGGAGACAUUCCAUCGUGUAAACAAUCCUAUAGCUCGACGGUCCAAGAGCCUUGCAACACAGAUGUUGUUCUACCCGGCUGUCUAUAUCAGCACCGUCACUCCUGUUUCCGUUGUUCGGUGGCUUGAAUUUGGAGGGACGAACGUACCUUUUAGCGCCACUGCCUUUGCAAGUGUUUGCUUUUCAUGUUCUGGCCUAUUCAACGUCAUUCUCUUCUCCACCACUCGACCAGGGAUCGUGCCAAUCCGUGGUCUUACGAACUCUGACGAGCUAGACGACGAGAGUCACGGAACCGUUAUGAGCCCUAUACAUUCAUCGAAACCACCUCUGCCUCCCAGAAUACAUCAGGCUUUUGAGAACUAUAUUGACUGGGACACUGAUUCUGGUCCUCGGAAAGGUAUUAAUAGCGCUGACGACUCUCGUGAUUCCGAUUUUGUAUUUCAUGGUGUAAAGUAGCCUAUUUUCUCAUCGAUACCCAAACAGCUACAUAAGUAAUACUUAGCACUAAUAAGUUGUGUCGAAACAUUGUUACAAAU